GCAUCAACACCUCGAAUCCACCACCACGAGCUUCACAGCAUCGCCAUUCAUUACGAGAAGGGUGCGGGACUGCUUCCCGAUUUCCUUUUCCAAUCAUGGUGCACCACCAGGAUACCAUGUUCCGCUCCGCGGACAUGAGCAUGGUGCAGCUGUACAUCGCCAACGAAAUCGGUCGUGAGAUCGUCAAUGCUUUGGGCGAGCUGGGGCAGAUUCAAUUCAGAGAUCUUAAUUCUGAGGUUACGGCUUUUCAGAGGACGUUUACGCAGGAGAUUAGACGGCUUGAUAAUGUUGAGAGGCAGCUGCGAUACUUUUAUUCGCAGAUGGAGAAGGCUGGGAUUCCGUUGAGGAAGAUUGAUCUCGAUGUUGACACCUUGGCCGCGCCCUCUGCAUCCGAGAUCGACGAGCUUGCCGAUCGAAGUCAGAGUCUUGAGCAGAGAGUUGCUUCUCUGAACGAUAGCUACGAGACGUUGAAGAAGAGGGAGGUAGAAUUGACGGAGUGGAGAUGGGUUCUUAGGGAAGCUGGUGGCUUCUUUGAUAGAGCUCAUGGCAAUGUGGAGGAGAUUAGAGCGUCGAGUGAUAACGAUGAUGCGCCAUUGCUACAGGAUGUGGAGCAGCAUGUCCAAGGGCAGAAUGGAGAUGCCGAACGCUCGUUCUCGGUCAUGAACAUUGGGUUCGUGGCCGGUGUUAUUCCUAGGGACAGAGUUGCGGCUUUCGAGAGGAUUUUGUGGCGAACACUUAGAGGCAAUCUCUACAUGAACCAGUCUGAGAUCCCCGAACCUCUCACCGACCCUACGAAUAAUGAGGCUGUCAACAAGAAUGUCUUUGUCAUCUUCGCUCACGGCAAGGAGCUCAUCGCUAAGAUUCGAAAGAUCUCGGAGUCCCUGGGGGCUGAUUUGUAUAGCGUGGAUGAGAAUAGCGAUCUUCGCCGGGAUCAGAUCCACGAAGUAAAUACCCGCCUCGGUGAUCUUGGAAAUGUUCUGCGAAACACCAAGACAACUCUCGAUGCCGAGCUUGCUCAAAUUGCUCAAAGCUUGGCUGCUUGGAUGGUCAUCAUCAAGAAGGAGAAGGCUGUCUACCAGACUCUGAAUCUCUUCUCGUACGACCAUGCCAGAAAGACCUUGAUUGCUGAAGCUUGGUGCCCAACCAAUUCUCUACCCCUCAUCAAGUCUACUCUCCACGAUGUCAACAACCGCGCCGGACUUUCUGUACCUUCCAUCAUCAACGAGAUCAAAACGAACAAGACUCCACCAACAUACCAGAAGACAAAUAAGUUCACAGAAGGGUUCCAGACUAUCAUUAACGCUUAUGGAACUGCCAAGUACCAGGAAGUUAACCCAGGUCUUCCCACUAUUGUUACCUUCCCUUUCCUGUUCGCUGUCAUGUUCGGAGAUUUUGGCCACGGCUUCCUUAUGUUCUGCGCUGCUUCAGCAAUGAUCUACUGGGAGAAGCCAUUGAAGAAGGUUCGCGACGAGCUAUUCUCCAUGGCCUACUAUGGUCGAUACAUCAUGUUGAUGAUGGGUAUCUUCUCAAUGUAUACCGGUCUCAUCUACAACGAUGUAUUCUCCAAAUCUCUUUCGCCAUUCGAGAGCGCCUGGAGAUGGGUUGUUCCGGACGGCUGGACAGAUGGACAAACUAUCACAGCUGAACUGAAGGGCAGCUACCGCUAUCCCUUUGGUCUCGAUUACAUGUGGCACGGUACGGAGAAUGAUCUCCUUUUUACCAAUUCGUACAAGAUGAAGCUCAGUAUUUUGAUGGGUUGGUGCCACAUGACAUACUCGUUGUGUCUAUCAUACAUCAACGCUCGUCACUUCAAGACUCCUAUCGACAUCUGGGGCGUUUUCGUCCCAGGUAUGAUCUUCUUCCAGGCCAUUUUCGGAUACCUCGUCUUCACCAUUGUUUACAAAUGGUCGAUUGAUUGGUAUGCUAUUGGCAAAUCGCCUCCUGGACUUCUAAACAUGUUGAUUUAUAUGUUUUUGUCACCUGGCACGAUUGAAGAGCCGCUGUAUCCUGGCCAGGCCGCUGUUCAGAUCUUCCUCGUUCUGAUUGCUGUUGUCCAGGUACCCAUUCUGCUUUUCCUGAAGCCCUUUUACCUCCGAUGGGAGCAUAAUAAAGCUCGAGCGAAAGGUUACAGAGGCAUUGGUGAGACUUCCCGUGUUAGUGCUCUGGAUGGAGACGACGAUGACAGCAAUACCCUGGAUGGCAGGGCCAGCCUAGCCAGCGAUGGCGAAGGCGUUGCCAUGAUCACGCAAGACAUCGGAGAUGAAGAACACGAGGAAUUCGAAUUCAGCGAAGUUAUGAUCCAUCAAGUCAUUCACACGAUUGAAUUCUGCUUGAACUGCGUUUCACACACAGCUUCCUAUUUGCGAUUGUGGGCCCUCUCCCUUGCGCAUCAGCAGCUUUCUGUCGUGCUUUGGACUAUGACUCUGGCCAUUGGUCUCGGGACCACGGGAGUGCUCGGAGCCAUCAUGAUUGUCAUCGCGUUCUUUGCAUGGUUCUUCCUUACCAUUGCUGUGUUGGUCGUGAUGGAAGGUACCAGUGCUAUGCUUCACUCCUUGCGUCUGCACUGGGUGGAGGCGAUGAGCAAACAUUUCAUGGGCGAUGGUAUACCUUUCGAACCCUUUUCCUUUAAGCAGAUGUUGGAGGACGACGAGCAAGCGGCGGAGAUCUCUUAGAUUAAGAUCAGAUGAGAUCGGAUCGGCCAAGCUUUUUUGAUCGACCCCUGAUUUCUUCGUUCCGUCCCGUAGGUAGAUUAUUGUAGAAUUAAACACACACUUUAUUGUACUUUCGCAUAAGUAGCUAGUUCCAAACCUGCAUUCCCCUGCAGAGCAAGC